AUGACUAGACAAAUUCUGGAAAAAGGAUUAUGCUACCGAGUGGGGAGUGGAGACAGCAUAGACUAUUGGGAAGAUCCUUGGAUACCAAACAACCCAAGUUUCAAACCUAUUCCCAGGUCUGAAGAAGCAAGAAAUGAAUUAGGGUCGGUUAGCUCUCUUAAAUGCCCUGAUGGGAACUGGAAUGUGGAGAAAUUAACACGCCAUUUCAGCGGAGAAACUGCACGAAAUAUUCUCAAAAUCCCCUUCACCAAUACCCCACUAGAGGAUGCACUCAUCUGGAAUGGUAACACAAACGGCACCUUUUCGGUGAAACCAGCAUUUAUGCUAGAGUUUUGGAAUGGUUCUUCGACCUCUCCCCCGUGGAAAUUCCUUUGGUCGUCGAAAAUCCAUGAACGCCAUAAAUUUUUCCUUUGGAAAUUAGCAAAUGGAGGGUUAACCAAGGCCACAAAUCUACAACGACGGAACAUAGAGGUCCAAUGUAAGGACUGCAUUCAUGGCUGUGGUAGUAUAGAAUCGGAUGCUCAUUUGUGGCAUAUUAGAAAUAUUGCCAAAAUGGAGAAUAAAAUUUUCUCUCUCGACAGUACUAUGAGCACAUUAAACCACAGAUUUACUGAAUUUAGAAGCUUGGUUUCCAGGGAUGGACCAGUCAGUCCACAUAUCCACUGCACUAAAAACAUUUGGAGAAAGCCUUCAGAACAUUGCAUCAAGAUUAACUCUGAUGCCGCAGUCAAAGAUGACACCAGCUUCAUAGGCGUGGUGGCCAGAGACCACUUGGGCACAGUUCUAGAAUUAAAAGCAGCACAACUUCUUACUGAUAUUGCGGAGCUAGCAGAAGCUUAUGGAGUGUUGCAGGGUUUAAUCUUAGCCAAGGAGAAAGGUUGGACUAAGGUUUUGUUAGAAUUGGACGCCCGAAACAUAAUUCUCCAGAUUCAGAGCCACGACACCCCAUCAACUCGUUGGCUCCCAGCAGGAGUUUUUGCGGACAUACAGCGUCUUAGGAAUGACUUCCAGGAAGUUCGGUUCACCUGGAUUCCUAGAGAAGAAAAUUUUCUAGCUCAAUUUUUGUAA